CCGCGCCAUGUGGCUGCUGGGGCCGCUGUGCCUGCUGCUGAGCAGCGCCGCGGCCAAGGCAAAAUCAAAAUGCGGCCCAACAUUCUUCCCCUGUGCCAGUGGCAUCCACUGCAUCAUUGGCCGUUUCCGGUGUAAUGGGUUUGAGGACUGUCCUGAUGGCAGCGAUGAAGAGAACUGCACAGCAAACCCCCUGCUUUGCUCCACCGCCCGCUUCCACUGCAAGAAUGGCCUCUGCAUUGACAAGAGCUUCAUUUGUGAUGGGCAGAACAACUGUCAAGACAACAGUGAUGAGGAAAGCUGUGAAAGUUCGCAAGAGCCCGGCAGCGGGCAGGUGUUUGUGACAUCGGAGAACCAGCUGGUAUACUACCCAAGCAUCACCUAUGCCAUCAUCGGCAGCUCUGUCAUCUUUGUGCUGGUGGUGGCCCUGCUGGCCCUAGUCUUGCACCACCAGCGGAAACGGAACAACCUCAUGACACUCCCUGUGCAUCGGCUGCAGCACCCUGUGCUGCUCUCCCGCCUGGUGGUCCUGGACCACCCCCACCACUGCAACGUCACCUACAAUGUUAACAACGGCAUCCAGUAUGUGGCUAGCCAGGCUGAGCAGAACGCAUCAGAAGUGGGCUCCCCGCCCUCUUACUCAGAAGCACUGCUGGACCAAAGGCCUGCAUGGUACGACCUUCCUCCACCGCCCUACUCUUCCGACACCGAGUCUCUGAACCAAGCCGACCUGCCCCCUUACCGCUCCCGAUCUGGGAGUGCCAGUAGCGCCAGCUCCCAGGCGGCCAGCAGCCUCCUGAGCGUGGAAGACAGUGGCUACAGCCCAGAGCAGUCUGCAUCUCCAGAGGGCACUGCUGAGCCCAGGGACUCUCUGCCCAGCCAGGGCACCGAGGAAGUAUAGAAUCCAGUUAUUCCAAAGUCCAUAUGGGUUAAUCUGCUCUGACUUGUUCCCAAGCUAACAAUGGGUGCUCAUGGGGUUCUUUAGGAUGUCUCAAGCAGUAGUUUGGGGUAUCAGCUUUCUCUGUAUUGUCCUCCUCCACCAGAAUUCAGGUAUGUUCAUUGGAGGGCCACCUGGAAUUUUUCUGGCCUCUCAGUUGACAUCUGUGCUGUACAUCUGUCCCGUGAGGCCACUCUUUCUUUGGGGGCCAGAAUCACAACCUUCUCUUCCCAUUGUUCUUCUG